UUAUAUUUUUACUAACUGUGCUAUGAAAUUUCUUUACCUCACUAUUGGGCCCAAAUGUCGUGCCCCACAUGAUAUUUUAUUUUAAUGUAAUUAUAUAUCAAUGCGGUAGGUGCUGGUGCCUAAGUAUCAUUCAUGUGGAUGUUCAUUAUUUCACAAAUGCGUUCCAUUAAUUCUGUAGCUAAGUGACACUGAUAAGAGAAGUGCAAAAUUUCACAGAGAACUGCAAAAUUUUCGGACGACCAGAGAUGAAAUAAAAUUUGAAAGAAAAAACUAAUGCAGCAGAUCUGAAAAAAUAUCGAUAAAAAUAUUUUUUUAAUCCACUCUCUUCAUGUUUUUUCUUUACUGUAUUUGAAGACUGCGUGGCGACAGAAAUAUGAAAUUCCAUUCGUCUCUGGUAAGAGAAAUGGAAGAAUAAAAAAAUCAUAGGAUUUCCAACAGAAAUGUCUAGAGUUAUCUGUGUGUUUUUAUGAGUGCGGGCAUUUUUAUACAAUAAAGUUGAACCAGUAAUAAAGAAUCUUAUGAAAAUUUUGCAGGUCCUCUCAUAUCCCGGGACAUUCUCCAAACAUUGAUAUUCGAUAGAAAUUGACUUAACUCAAUCCCUUCGCUACUGAAUUGAUCACAUUUCUUGGUGAAUUUGCGAUGCCUGUUGCGCAUAGAAAAUACUUUCUAGAACGUUCGAGUGAAAUUCUCCAUGGUCUAGUCUACAUCUAAGUAUAAUUUGUCAUAUAGUAUUAAAUAUUGAAUAGUCAUAUCACGUAUCUAUUGAUAAGCGGAAUAAAAGAUUUCUAUAAUGUCAAGGCAACAAGCACACAUAUCUAUCUUCUUAUUCUGACUUAUCGCUGACGUGAUUGAACGAAUGAUGUACUUGUCUCGCAUUUACUAAUAAUAAUAAUCAGUCAUCUCAUUAUCGCCAACAGCAUCACUUAGAGUAUGAAAACAAUUCAUUAAUUUAAUCGAGCAAAGAUAUUAAACUUCAUUUAUUUAUUUCACAAACAAUUUAUUCUAAAUUAGUUUACCCAGAAAGCUAAAAUACUUGUAUAUUUGUUCUCGAUACAAAAGUGCAAAUAAAAAAAUAAAAAAAUUUAUAAUGUAUUUUUCACCGUGGGUUUGAAAUUCAAUAUUUUUAUGCGAAAAAAACUAAACACGAGAAAGAGAAUAAAGUAAAUGACAAAUAUCAGACCAAAUUGUAAAAAAAUAUUUAUCCUGGAGAAUAUUUGUAACACCUGAAUAAGAAAAUGGUGAUCGAACAAUUGUUGAACGAAAAAAUAUGUUCGUCGAUCAUUUCAAGAGAAAUUGAAGAAAUGAAUAAACAUCAAUUGAACAAACUCAUGAAAGCAAAGACUAUAGACGAGUGCCAAAAAAAUUGGAAACAAUUUUUGAGAGUUUAUAUGUAUGCAAGUGUGUCUAUAUUCAUGCGUACUCAUAAGAGCACUGACAUACAGUCUUAACAGCAGUAGAUCUUGAGAGAGAUGAGAGAAAAUUAAUAGUCGAGUGAUAAAACGUUUGGAGGCGAUUUCAAGUGAAGGUCGAGGUGGUUUUUACAACCAAAAAAUAUAGGAACGAUAACAAAAUAUUUAUGGAGACCCUUCAUGUAGCUCUCGCUUCUUCCUACAAGAAGGGCACUCAUAAAAAUAUUACUAUCUCUACGGACACUUAAAACUUAACAUUUCCACUGCAAUUGCCAGAAAUUUCGUCUUUGAAAAUUUAUUAUUUCUGAAAAUCCAUUUGCAUUUUCAUUCUAGCGCAGAGGAAUUGAAAAGCCUGUCACUUUUUUCCUUAACUUUACUUCAAGAUUUUUUUUUCGAAAAAUCCAGUGAAAAGGACAAAAAUGGCGAGUUUUUGACUUUGAAUAUUUAUGUGCCAUUGAAAAUUAAAUCAACCUGAAAAAAUUCUGUCUCACUGCCAAUGAAAACCCAUAAAUUUUCCUGACUUCUACUUGGAAUUUCAUAACCAUUUUCCCCCUAAAUAGCAUUCCAUAUCACUCGCAUAAGAAUUACUAUCACGUCUCCAUAAAAUUUCAGAAAAUUUUUGGAAGUGAAGUCACGUAAAAAAUGAAAGUCGUUAUUUUAUUUUAGAGGGGAAAAUUAUUCAAUAAAAUCUCAAGGAAACUCGUCUCACGUCUCAUCACCAGACUAUUAAAAUCAUUAAUUCGUUUUAUAUAAGUAUAAUUCUUCUAUCAAAGAUUUCGAUGUUGAAUAUGUGAAAUGUUGAAGUCUCACUCCAUACAGUGCUUAUAAAAUUAUCAUCAUAGUAAAAAUUAACCGUUGAAACUCUAGAUACUAGGCAGAAUCAUUCCUAUCUAUUUGGUUUGAAAAUGAGACACAAUAUAGAUAGGGAAAUACUUAGAAAUCAAGUACGCUAGAGGAAAAAUCGUUCGUCUGUCAUUUGAGUCUGUAUCUUCACUAAUAUUGAGCUUGAAUGCGUGGGUUAGCUGAUGAAAGGGCGCCCAACGAAAUUUUGACCAAUCUAUUUGUCUAUAUCAUAUUCUCUAAGUAAUUUCAAUCGUCUAUAUAACAUGUGAAACUUCAGACAAGAGUUUUUAAAAAAUUGAUAAAACUAUUGUACUCCCUCCUAUGCUGCUUUUUUACGUAAUCAAACAUCUUGCAUAUUCGUCAUAAUCAUAUGUGUGAAAAGUUCAAGAGAAAAUUCAAUACAGACGACAGAAAUUAUCGUUAAGGAUCACAGGAUUUUAUUUUCAUCGAAUUUCAAUUUAAUUAAGAUUGUACGAAAGAAAAAUUCAAGUAAAUUCCUUGGCCAUUUAGAUUAAUAAAAUCUCUCAAGAAGUUUAAAGAAAAUAUCACAGAGAAAUCAGUUUUUUUUAAAGAAAAAUGGAAAUGUACUUUAUUACUACUAAAUAUACCAUUAGAAUAGCUAUCGGCAUCCCGCGAUGAGUGCAUUAGAAUUUUCUCUUGAAUUUGUGCAUCCAUGCAGUGCAAAUUCGACAUAACAAUUUUUUAAUUCUAUCCACAGAGUAUAACGCUACUGAAUAAUGUUGACAGUGUCACGUGAAUUGUUUAUUGAAUCAAAGAAUAAAAAGAAUAUAUAAUAAACUAAUUAAGAAUUUUUAUAUGAAAGCUAAAUUCGCUAUCUGGAGUAUUUUUGCGAUCCUUGUUAAUGACCUGGUUUGUUGAAUCAAAUAUAAAGGGAGGGGUUAUAAAUAAAAAGGAACGUUACGACGAAGUAAAGGUGAGAAAAUGAGAGUAAAGAGGGAGAGAGUGUGAGGCGAAUUAUAUUUGGUGCAAGAGCCCAACAGCCGACUCGGGUGCUCGAGCGGCCCUGAGACCCCCUCGAGUGGAUUCUCGAGCCUCGCCUCCUUGAAACAUUACUAAAAAUAUAAAAAAGAGAAAAUGGAAAAAUAAUACUAAUUGUCAGUUUGCUUAUGCAUGAAGCAGAAGUAAAAAAAAUGAAAGAAAUGAGAAAGGUGAAUCAUUUACAUUAUCUCUUUAUUCGCACUCGCAUGAAAAAAAUUCAAAGAAAGUCACAAAGGAUUUACAAGAAAAUUCUUGUUACCUGAUAGUUAGACUUGAUUAUUUUUCGUUACUGUGAAAAAUCCGCAGAUUUCCCGAACAUUUUUUUUCAAUUAAACCGCAAAUGUCUAAUAGAGAUUAUUUCACGAAGAAAUGUAAUGAACUUUCCAAUGAAAGUGCAAUGGAAAUUGAAUAGAAUUUUCGGCUAUGAUAUUACAAUAUGGUUUAAAUUUAUUGAAUAAAAAAUUGUAUUGGGCUUGGCAAAAAAUUCCUCUAAUUGGCAUUUUAUUCCCAAUCAUCUUUGUCGCAUAAAUCUUAUUUUGCAACCCUCGGGGGAAUCCCGUAGAGAGCGUUCCAGUAAAAUGCAAUGAACCGACUGCCCACAAACAGAAUAAAAAUCACGGAAUACAACACUAUGAUAAAAUGACCGUACUGUCAUGUUUUAAUGAAAAAAAUGAAUUAUUAUUUAGUCGUGAGAGAUAAAUUACUUUGUGAACGUUAGUGGAAAAUCUCACGCGAAGCAGGUGUCUAUUCACCUGCAAAUACAUUCUUUAAUGAUGCUUCGUUUUUCUAUUGUCUUUUCUAUCAUACAUCCGGAAGCGAUACGGUCCAGUAAAUCAUCUAGAUCAUAUUGCAGGUGUGCAUAGAAUACAGUCAUGUGUAUAAUUUUCACAUGCUCUUGGUAACAACCCUAGGUUUUUCCCCUACACCAGGAGGUGCGUGAAUAUAUGAACAAACUGUGCUUAGAAAUUAAAAACUAUAUCUGGGCAGUAUUUGCUAAUUUGCAAAUAGCUUAAACAUGCAUACCUAAUUAAAAAAGAACUCGAUUGAAAUUAUCUGUGCCUUUAGAUAACGUUUGAGUCACUUAACGUUUGAAUUAUCUGCAAUUCACUUACUCCAGUCGAAGUUAUCAUAAUUAAUGACGAAUCGAUAAUUGUACGCAUCACUGAAGGAGGAAGAUAAUAAAGUGAAGUGAAUCAAUGCAUAUAUUAAUAAAUUGAUGAAUAACUAUUUUCCCCACAUAAUUAUUCCAAUAAACUGUGGCACAAAUUGAAUUUGAAUUGAGUCUAAAUUAUUUGGAAGACAUUGAGAGAUUCAAAGACCCUUUGACUUUGGUAUCAGUCUCUGAAGCAAAAAGUGAUUUCUUUUUAAUUAGAAAUAAAUACCGUCAGUGAGUAUUGUGUUCGGAUGUAAUAGUAGCAAACGAACAAAUCAAUCGUGAGAUCUAAAUGAAAUCCGUCAACAAAGUGAUCCCAUAUGUCAGUAGAAUUCCGAGACCGUCAAAGAGAUAAAACUGACCUACAUAAAGUCGCGAGCAUAAUUGAAGGGGGAUCCGCCUUAGCAAAAAAAAAGUCACGUUACGAAACCACUGAACCACGCCUUUUCCCCCCAUCUCCUUUACCCACCAUACAAAAUCGUAACAACUUUUGAAAGCCGAAGCCGUAACCCAAAUAAAUUUCUUCAGCGUUGAGUAAAUCUUGCAUGUGAUGAAGGUCCAUUGGGGGUUGAUACCGGUUGUCUUAUUACGUCAAGGUGACCGGCUGACCAACGAAUUCGUCAGUUUCUCGAGGGGGAUUACAAGUACCACAAUGUAAUCAUUAACGUUUGUGCUUCUUUCCCCUCGUUCGUUGGCAUUUUUUUCGGACAAUCGCCUACCUCUUGAAGGAGUAUAUAUAGGGGAUUCGCUGGAGUCCAGGACAUCAUUCCAAUUUCGUUCAUUCCGACGACACAUCGAAGGGGUUCAGCAAAUAAAUCAACCAUGAAUAAGUUCUUCAUCGUUCUCACCUGCUUGGUAGCCGUCGCCAGGGCUGGCUUCGCUCCACUCAGUUACAAUUUGCAGGAGCCCAGUAUCUCCUCGCAGUCAUCAAACAUUCUCAGAAGUCCUGGAAACCUCCAGCAGAUCUCAACCUACUCAAAAACCGUGGACACUCCCUUCUCUAGCACCAGCAAGUCAGACGUUCGUGUGAGCAAUCCAGGUGUUUACCAGACUCUGAGCUACGCGGCUCCAGCCCACCUCCACUACGCCGCUCCUGCUCCAGUUGUCCAUGCUGCCCCAGCUCAGCUGCACUAUGCAGCCCCAGCACCAGUCCUCCACGCUGCUCCAGCGCCCAUUCACUAUGCUGCUCCAGCAGCAGCUGUCGCCGCCGCUCCCGUCCACUAUGCUGCGCCAGCAGCAGCUGUCGCAGCCGCUCCCGUCCACUAUGCUGCAUCAGCACCAGUAGCUGCCGCACCCGUGGUUGCCCACGCUACAUUCUCCGGGCUUGGAUACUCUUACGCCUGGUAAAUUCCCCUAGACUCUCGAAGACUCAUACAUCCGAUUGUAUUUAAUGUUACAAUUCUAUUUUGUAUGUAAAUAUUGAAUGUAUAAAUAA